AUGAUGGCUGCCCCCAGCACCAUGGUCCCGACGAUUCCCUCGACAGCGAUGUCGUCAUCAGCUGCCACAGCCGGCAUCCCGGCCAAGACUACCUCUGCUGCUGUUUCGGCACAGCCAUAUCCUACGCUUGCAUCUCUGCGCGAUCGCAUCCCGAAGCUGGAGCCUCGUCGUCGCCAGCCGCCUCCAGAAAACGCCACGCCCGUUCCCCGGACGCCGCAGUUGCCGCCACCAUCGUCCCUUCAGGCCGAGACGGUCGAAAAGAACGGGCAGCAACAUCACCACACAUUUGCCAUCCCACGCCGACGCAUUCUAUCACGGCACGACCACGACCUUUUUCUUGCUUCGCCGUCCUUCAACCUGCUGCAGGCAUGGGUCUUUGGGCUGGCAGACGCCGUCGUGGGUACCCCGGCCGGUGUCUUCGCUGAGUCGCUGGCUCCGAAGAAAGGCCCGGUCGAGGAAACAGAAGCACCCACGACGACUACCACCUCAUUCGCCCCUGUAUCCUCUCCCCAUCCUCGUCACUCUCCACAAAAGCCGACACAGCGGCCGCUCUCGCCGGUCAUCUUCGCCCUACUGUCCAUCCUCGACGAGGCUGAAGAUUUGCUGGAGUCCUGUCCGCCGGACGAGACGGGUGGCUCCCGCUUCGGCAACAAGCGCUUUCGCGUGUUCGUCGAUCUUGUGCGGCAGCGGGCGCCGGCCUGGCAUCGAGAGCGACUGGGCCUGACAGACGACGCCGCCGUGGCUGAAGCGGCCGCAUAUCUGGGCCAGUCGUUUGGCAACCGGGCACGCAUCGAUUACGGCUCGGGCCACGAGCUGCACUUCAUCGUCUGGCUGCUCUGUCUCUACCAGCUCGGCGUGGUCAAGGCGCCCAACGCGCGAGACAGCCUUAACGGCAGCCAAGACGAUCGUGCCGCCCUCGUGCUGGUCGUCUUUGUGCGCUACCUCGCGCUUAUGCGCCGCAUCCAGACCACAUACUACCUCGAGCCGGCCGGCUCGCACGGCGUCUGGGGCCUCGACGACUACCAGUUUCUGCCGUUCCUCUUUGGCGCUGCACAGCUCAAGGACCACCGCUACAUCACCCCGCGCGCCGUGCACCAGCCCCUGACCCUGGAGCAGUUUGGCGACGACUACCUCUACCUCGGUCAGGUGCGCUUUGUCAACAGCAUCAAGGUGGCCACCGGCCGGCCCGGCGAGGACCCUGCCAGCAGCAACAGCCUCCGCUGGCACAGUCCUAUGCUGGACGACAUCUCCGCCACUCGUUCCUGGGCAAAGGUCGAGGCUGGCAUGCGCCGCAUGUUUUUAGCCGAGGUGCUGCGCAAGCUUCCUGUCAUGCAACACUUCUUGUUCGGCUCGCUCGUCCCGGCUGCCGUCGGCACGACUGAGCCAUCCGGAAAGCAUCCGGGCGAGGAGCAUGCCGAGAUUGCCGCCUAUGAGGACGACGAAAUCGAGGACGAGGACGAGGACGUCAUUGGCGAAGGCAAAGAUUCCGUCGAGGUCUUUGACAAGGGCGGCGUCCGCCAUAUUCACAACCCCAGUGGUUGGGGCGACUGCUGCGGCAUCCGCGUGCCCAGCAGCCUUGGUGCUGCUGGCGAGAUGCGCAAACGUGGUGGCGACGUCCUGCGCCGCAUCCCAUUCGACUAG